GAUUCGUCUUGUGCCUUAUCGGUUCCAAAGCGAGUAGGUCCACUCGUUCUUCCGUGAGUAGGUCCACUUGUUCUGCCGUUCACACUCACUUUCUCGACGAGAGCAAAGAGGCAGCGGAUGGGUUGAGUCGUGCAGACAUCAUUUGUCGUGAGCACGUUUAUUUUGCUCCUCUUGCAACAAGGCCUACUGGUGCUGUGUCAAUCAUUGAGAGAUUCAUCAAUCUGCAGCUGCUUUCGGGGCCUUGUUUAGCCAGGAGAAGCUUCUCAUCACACGAGUACGUCUAAACUAUCCCUCUGAAACCUCAGUACUGCUUUUCUGACACGGAAUAUCAAUAUGUCGUGUGUCGUUCUUUGAAUACUCUAGCCGGAAACCAAAGAGAGCAUAGUACACCACCUAAUUGCACCAGCACAGAAAAAAAAUGUUCCACCGAGCAGUCUUCGCCGCAGCAACCCUGUUAUCAAUUUCCGGCAUUGCCGUUCGCGGGCAUAAUUUGAUGCGGCACAACAACAUAUGGAUUGUAAAAAUGUCUGGGUCUGGAAGGAUGCAACCUGUGAUGCUAAUUUUGGACUCUAGAGAAAUCUGUUUUGCAUGACCAGCAAGAGGAGUCCAGUUUCUGCUACGCGGGGAGGCCAUUUGUCAUGCGGAAUAGGCAUCAAGAAGCACUCAGAAAAUCUGUGAUGCCAGGGAAUACAUCACAGACGUCACGGGCCAUGUAAAAUCUGCAUGACAAGUUCGCAUUCUUCCAGACCCAGACAUUUCUCCACUUGAUACAACAAGCUGCUCCGCGAAGACCGGGUGAUCGUCCAGGAGGACACGAAGAUAUCUGCCCUGUCCGUGCAGGAGGGUGAGAAAGACACAGAACCCCCCCCUCCCCCCGUCGUGCAGUGCGGCGAGAGCCUCGCAUUGACGCCUGCCAGUGGCGUGAAAUGGAUCUGCGAUGUGAUCGACCGCGGGGGCGGGACCGUGCAGGGCUGGCUGCACUACAAGGAGGGAGCCGCAAGCGCGGCCCCGGCCACUCCGCCGGCGAAUUCGGGAAAGCACACCUACGUCGCUUGCACCGUGUCGAACGCAGCCAUCGAGAGCGGGGAGGUGGGCGCCAGCAACACGGCCUGCAUUACCGCCUUGAGCGGCGCGGACGGCUGUCCGGACGCCAGCAGCACGACCCUCGCGACUGCAGACUGCAGUCCUAAUCCGUGAACGGACAGGACGGUGGCACGGAGCGGGAUUUGUGUGCGGAGUACUUAGUAGACAUUGAUGGGGAGAUGGUGGUGUUGGUGGAUGAAAAUGGUUGUGUUUGUAUAUGAUCGGUUAACACCGACCGCGACCACAUGAUAAUCCAGUAGUCGUUCCCCAGGAGGGCCGCUUUGAUGCACCAGCAUUAACUUUUUUUCGAAGGUUUCAAAAUGUUUAUCAUUGCGUAAAACAUGUUAUUUUCCUACGAACAAAAGACGGAGAAAAUCAAAAUAAUGUAGUCCAUAGGGGACCGACUCCGACAACAUGAAUGGGAAGUCAAGAUGAAAGUGUAAUUUUACAGCGGG